AUGAUUGUUCCUCUCAACAUAACUCUGUUGAGAAACAAGAUUGCAAAGGGCUUUUCAUUUAUAAAGGCAGAUAAAUGGAAGUCCUGGUGUUUAGCCUACUCCCUGGUUCUCUUGGCUGGCCGUUUACUAUCUGAAAAUCUUGACAAUUGGAUGCACUUUGUUAAUGCUUGCAGGUACUUGGCCAAACCAAGUAUUACAACUGUAGAUCUUUUCCACGUGCACAAUUGUUUGAAGUUGUUUGGCCAGGGAGGCGAGGAUGUGCAUGACAAAGAUUUCAUAUCACCUAAUAUGCACUUAUAUAUGCAUCUCAAAGAGAUAGUUCUGAACUUUGGUCUAGUAUAUAGAUACUGGCUUUUUAGCUUUGAAAGAUACAAUGGCCAAUUAAAAAACUAUAAGACGAAUAAGAGGGAUGGGUUUGAAGAAACCUUUAUGCGUAAAUACCUUGAGGAUGCAUAUAAAGCAGAUCUUGCUCAUACAAUACUCCUACUUGUUCAUAUUACAUUGCACCAUUUCUUGAUAUACGAGCUCAUUGGUUCAGUUCCAACUCUUGCCACUGCCAUUUCCAUUCCUGUCACGUUUUACUUGUUGACUGCUUAUGGUUUCAAUUUGAAGAACUUUCUUGAUUCUGCUGUUGUGACUAUUGACAAUGUAAAGGGUAAUGAGCCAUUGCCUUCAUCUGUCUUUCCUCUCAAUCUUGAGAAGUUUAUGCCAAUGGAAGAAGAUAAGUAUACUUAUCUACUUGAGUACUACAAAGCAGCAUAUAACAAUACUUCACUGAAAAGUUACAGGCAGGCAGUCUUUGGAAAAAUGUUUUGUGAACACUUCUAUCCAGAAAAUUCUAUCAAUUAA